UUCUAAGGACAAAAUGGCCGCGGAUUACAGUCUCAUUGAAAAGGAGCUUCCUUCUUUAAUUCCAAAACAAAAGGAUCGUGGUGCAGUGAAAGUACAAGAAGGACCCUAUGGACCUGUACCAGAUACUUUAAGACAGGGGUUUUCUAGUGUAAAGAAUGAUAUAUCGUACUCGCAUCCUUUAGAGUCUUCUGUGAAAAAUUAUUUUCAAGUGCAAGACAAAAGGAAUAUGACAAUGUUACGUAGUAUCCAAGGCCUCCAUGCACCACUUAAGCUCCAGCUGGAACGAUCAUUGGCUUCACAGAAGAAACGACUUCCAUCUCUCCCAAGCUCAAUGGUUGCUUUAGAAACACUUCUUGGAUUUGACACAACCAUUGAUUUUGAUGAUUUUCUUAAUGACCCAAGUGAUUCAGAAAUUGAAAGAGUUACACAUUCUGUGAUGGAGGACAAAUAAGUGAAUUGUGCAACUGCCAACUGUAUGCUAUCUAUUUGCUGCAUUAUAGCCAAUGUUCUUUCUCUCUUUAACAAUAACUAUUGAAAACUUUCUUUUCGUUUUUGUGUAUAAUGAAAUUUUGUUCCCUCGA